UUGACAAGUACUCUGUCGUUCGUAAAUGGCAAACAGUAACAACCACUGGUAUUUUACGAAAGAUCAAUUGGAAAACACACCAUCGAAAGAAUGUGGGGUUGAGCCAAGUAAGGAAUUGUCUUACAGACAACAGGCGGCGAAUUUCAUCCAGGACAUGGGCCAAAAGCUCAAAGUAUCUCAACUAUGUAUCAACACUGCAAUUGUCUACAUGCAUCGAUUCUAUGUGUUCCAUUCGUUCACACGGUUCCCAUGGAAUUCGAUAGCUGCGGCGGCUUUAUUUCUAGCCGCAAAAGUAGAAGAGCAACCACGUAAAUUGGAACACGUGAUCAGAGUGGUAACGCCACCGAAAAAUCCUCACGACACUAGUAUUGAUACGACCUCCGAAAGAUACAUUACGCAAGCUCAAGAUUUAGUAUUUAACGAAAAUAUUUUAUUGCAAACGUUAGGUUUCGAUGUAGCGAUCGAUCAUCCUCAUACGCACGUCGUGAGGUGCUGUCAUUUAGUUAGGGCUAGUAAAGAUUUAGCGCAGACUUCGUAUUUUAUGGCGAGCAACAGCUUGCAUCUUACAACAAUGUGCUUACAAUAUAAACCUACCGUAGUGGCUUGCUUUUGUAUACAUUUCGUCUGCAAGUGGUCCAAUUGGGAAAUACCGCUAUCGAACGAAAAGAAGGAGUGGUUUUCUUAUGUCGACGAAACUGUCACCUCAGAACUGUUGGAACAAUUGACCAAAGAAUUUUUAUUUAUAUAUGAUAGGUGUUCGUCACGUCUCAAAGAGAAAAUUAUGGCAAUAGGCGAUGGUCUAGCACUGGCGCAUAACUCUGGACAUUCAUCUUCACCUUUCGAACCUGACAAAAAAUUUUUAUCUUUUCAUUCGAUGGACCAAAAAGAUGGACAUGGACAUCGGCCGCACCACGGCGAUAUCAAAACAUUAACCAUGGAGGACUUCAAACAACGUCCGUUGAGAUAUCCACAUGAUGCUGGUUCAAGUAGUCAGCAUCGUGAUCGUGAACGGGAAUAUCGAGAGAAGAAAGAUAGAGAGCGUUUGGGACAUCACUCAAAACCACCACCACCACCAGCUGCACAAAGUAGCAAGCAGGGAUUGUUUCAACACGGGCACCACAGCAGCAGUCAUGCACCCGGUGUGGAUCCUAAAUUAAGUAAACAUGGCCGACCACAGAGUGUGGGUAGUCACCCGACAAAUCCACGUUCCGAACCUAGAGAUAUACUGCGAGAAGCUACUCGUGAUAUAGGUUUACCGACAGUGAGUAACAAAGAAACUAAUAAUUUACAAGUGCGGACAAAUGAUAAAAGAGAGUAUGUGCAACAAAGACCCGAACAUAAUAAACUUAGUAUUAAUACUGCAGAUGUAAAUAAUCCUAAUUCUAAUAGUAAUAGUGAUAACAAACACAGUGAUAGUUCAAGGUCACGACCGCCUAUGGAUUCUAAACAACCUAUACGCCGACGAGAAGACCCUAAACCCCAAAUUAAACUAGAAAGUGAUAUUAAAAAACAUUUAAGCGCCGCCAUAUACGAAAAGAAUCCAUUUUUAAACAAAUCACUCAACGCUACCUCGCAACCUUCGCAAAAGGUCAAAUCGCCUUUCAAUGCAGACACUUCCAAAUCCGUCCCUAAUCCGAGUACAAGCCAAUCGGCCUCGUUAACAAAAACCGAAACCAAAGUUUUACCUCUGAACGGUGGCAGUAAUGUUAAUGUACAUAAUUUACCACUGAUCGAAAACGAUGUCGUCAAAGUCAAGCCGGAAUUUGACGAUUCCAUAAGUGCAGUUAAAAAACCUAGUUUGUUUUCGCCGGAAAAAAGCCCCCCCACUCCGAAAAAGUGUAAAACCAAAACGCCGCCAAGUUCUGGUAAAAAGUCGGAGGAGUCGCCCGAGCUUCCCGAAGGAAACGGCAAGCGAAAUAGGACGUCAAGCACAAACUCUGAACCAGAAUUGCGGCCGGUUAUCAAAAAAAUUGAUCAAGUACAAGGUUUUGAAAAUAUAAUGCGAGAUUCUUCAAUAGGUUUAAAGUUACAUCAAGUUCCAGAUAUUAUCACGCCGAUUCCCGAAGGAAAGCAAGAAAAGAUGACCAUUCAAGGUUCAAUCGCGAAAGAAUUGAAACCUCCCGAUUUAAUCCCGCCGUUUAGUUCGAACGCCUCAAUGAUGAAUGGUAUAGAGACGAAUCCUAGUUUAAUUAGCAGCUUGUUGAAGGAAACCCCACCCGUGCCACAUCUUCCUUCCGUGAUUGCGGCCAAUGCAGCUUUGCCAGAACCGUCAAAGGAGAAAGAACACCACAAAGAGCACAAAAAGAACAAAAAAGAGAAACAUAAACACAAAGAUAAAGACAAAGAUAGAAAUCGCGACGAGAAGGAGAAGAAGAAAAAGCACAAAGACAAGGACAAGGAGAAAAGUAAGCAUAAACAUGAAAAACAUCAGACGGAAUCCGAAUCAAGCUCUACUCAGCCGAUUAGAAUUACAAUUCCGAAAGACAAAAUACAACCUCCAGAGAGUUCGGCACCUAAUUUUAAUGUAAAAAUUAAAAUACCAAAAGACAAGAUUAAAACUGAAACGAUAAGCGAACCUGUAGCUCCGGCAGUUCGUGGUAGCAUAAAAAUUAAGAUAUCCAAAGAUGUAAUAAACAGUUUUAGUAAUAAUGACACUAAUAGUAGAAAACGGGGACGCGAGUCACCUACAAACGGUGCGCCCCCUAAUAAAGUCUCCAAAUCAAACCACAAUCGACCCAUAGACACUAAAAGUGCUAAAAAUUCCUACAAUAAGGUAAGCAACAGUAAUGUUAGUGAGCCCGCAAUUCAUAAUGUGCAACAGCAGAUGUACAACGGUAUCAACCAUAUGGCUCAUCCCAGUUACACAAAUCAAAAUUAUUUUUAUAAUUAUCCCCCUCCAAGUAUGCAAAUGCCGAUGAUGCCCCCUCAUAGCAUGACCGUGCAUCCACCACCGCCUCCUCCUCCGCCAUUUAUGUUUCAACAGUAUUACGCACCUCCAGGUUAUAUGUAUCAGUCGGCCGAUUUAUACGCACCUCCGGCGGUGGGAGGGGCCGGAACUAAUGACGCCCUUCCUCCAUUACCGCAAGAUCCCCCUCCACCUCCUAAUAAACCACCGCCACCUCCUCCCGAUUUUUAAGACCAUUGCGACCUAACCUAAAUUUGAAUUAGGUUACGGUUAGGUUAAGGGUAUAGUGUAACGAUGAUUUUCGUUGUAUGUUAACACAGUCUACCUGUAGUUACCUUCUCUUAAUUAUGAUGACGAUGAAUAAGCUCUCUGCAUGGAAUAUUAAGGCGCACUCUUGUAUGUACAUAUUUAAGAAAUAGUUUUGGUUUGUGUAUUUAUUUGUUUUACGUGCUUCGCUCCUCAUGAUACAUCUUGCAGAGGUGGAAUUAAUUUAUGAUUGUUUGUGUACAUAUUUAUGUUACAUUCGUAUGUUACUUUAGUAGUAGGUAUAAAGAUAAAUAAUUGUAGUUUAAAUUUGAUUUUGUCAGUUGUACGCUAAGUAGUUGUAAUGCACACAUUAGUACUUUCUAUUAAACACAUUUCUUUUUACAUAUUAGAAAGUUUCUGUAACAGUGACGAUCUUCACUUUUGCAUGUGCUUCCUUCACUGUGCAUGCGCAGCGACUUCCGACUUGUAGCUUUUGACUGUUGAAACCGAAUUUGUUAAAUGAUGUACGGGCAGAAACCAAUGGAGUAAUGAAAUCAUUUGUGGCAUGUUGUGAUAGAUUGCCUCGUAUUCAUAUUAUGACGGUCUUUGGUGCUUUGCAGGUGGCUCAACUAGGUGAUGGCGAGACAUCCAUACACAGGUUGGCUGAAUCUAAGUAUAUCAACAAGGGGGCGGCCACAUAGUACUGUUCCGCAGAUUUACUUUGUUGGUUUCAUUUACGAAAAGUAGCGAAACUCGUUUUAUAAAUUAGGAAUUUCUGAGAAGACAGUUUAUUACGGGAAUAUGAUUUAAUUUUGAUGUUAUUAGAGCUUGUGUAGUUAGUUCCACUGUAUAAGUAAAUAUCUUUUUGUUAGUCAAAAACGAACAUACUUAGAUAUAAUGUCAUGCCUAUUUGUGAAUGAGUAUUUAGAUUAUGCCAACUUGGAGUUUCCGCUGUGGUUUGUUUGAUCAUGUAUCGUUAACAUCCAUUGAUCAUCAUUUUUGCUAAAUCAUCGAUGGCAAGUUACCAGUGUAUAUUUUAAUUUGAAACUGCUUCAUUGUGUUUGGCUAUAGGUAUCGACAUUAACUCCCACUUUUGUUUGUUUUUUUUUUAAUAUAAUACAAUACUAAUCUUGUUUUAGAUAUUUAUUCACAAUUAGGGAGGGCACUAAUAAAAAAUUGAAAUGUGUUGUUACCUCUUAUUACAUAUAAGUUAAGUUUUGUAUUUUUGUAAGAGUAUAUUUUAAUUAAUUCGCCCGCAGGACUGUGAUCGUCACCGUGAUGAUUUGGGCUUUGUACAUAGUGAAACAAAACUAAAAUUAAUUUAUUAAUUACACUAGCGUAGAAUAUGUGUUUUGCGAGAUAUUGUAACUUACAAGAAAAGCAAAAAAACUAAAAGAUACUUAAAAUUUUCAUGAGAUAUUUUAAUGUGAUGCAUGUCAUUUUAAUAUAUUAGGUAGCUUAGAUAUGAAAUUGGAAAAUAUCGCAAUCACUUUAGUAGAAUAGUGAUUUACGAAAUUAGUAAAAAGGUAUAAUGAAGAAAUUGUGUAACCUUAUGAAAACAUACUUCUAGAAGUAUAACGGAAGUAAUCUGCACUUAUAGGACUGAAUUUUAUAUAAAUAAAUGUAUUUCUACCUUAUGUGGCAUGUGGCAGUGCAUGCCACAACUUUUGCUCUAGGCGUCAUUUUAUUUCUAAUGCGGCAAUCGCCGUACUAUUGAUCACAUUGUCUUGUAUUAUUGAAUUUUAUAGCUUGGAGCAAUUAUUUCCCCAAUUGAAAAUGUGUUAGUUUCCACUUAAACAUUGUGGAAUUAUGCAAAUGUAAAUAAAUCAUAUUUUGUACUACUAUUGUUAUAUAUUUUGUUAUAAAUUUAAUUUUUGAAAACAUCAAAAUGACUGUGUUUAUUAAAUAUUCAUUUUGAUAACUGCAUAAGUGUACUCGAAAGUCUAUCAUUGAAACAUCGGAGUUUGCAAUCUCAAGUGGAAGCUUCCCUAUCGAAGUCUGAGAAAUUUUA